AUGCAGCUGGUGCAGUUGGCCAACUUUUUGCUGGACAAUCUCGUGCAGUCGAGAAUCGGAUUCAUUGUUUUUUUCCACUGCUGGCAGAGGGAUGAGAGUGUGCAGUUUGCUCAGCAGUUCAUCAAACCUAUUCAUCCCCUGCUUUAUCAUCAGUUUGUGCAAAUGAACGGAGUAGAGAGCUGGUCAUUUAUGGAACUCACCUACAUGGGACAUACGCAACCCACUCUGGCGAUCUAUGUGGAUGUAAAGUGCGAUCAGGCUCAGGAAUUGUUGGAGGAGGCCAGUCGAGAGCAGAUAUACAACCAGCACUACCAUUGGCUUUUGCAUGGCAACCAAUCCGAAGUGGAGUUCUAUGAUUUAUUUUUCCCAUUUAACAUAUCGAUCGAUGCGGAUGUCAGUUAUGUAAAAGAGCAAAUCCAGGAAAUGAACUGCACCGUUUUAUAUUCUGUUUACGAUGUUUACAAUAAUGGGAAAAACAUUGGCGGUCAGCUAAACAUGACUGGAUCCCAUGAAAUGGGCUGUGAUCUAAUGAUGUGUAAAAGGAUUCGGUUUCUAAGUUCCUUGGAAAAGCGAACUAAAUACGGAAACAGGGAACAACUAACAGACGUAAUUCUAAGGGUGGCAACUGUGGUAACUCAAAGACCUCUCACUUUGUCGGAUGAUGAGCUCAUAAACUUUUUAAGCCAGGAGAACGAAACCCACAUUGAUUCACUGGCCAGAUUUGGGUUUCACCUGACUUUAAUCCUUAGAGAUCUUCUACACUGCGAGAUGAAGUUCAUCUUCUCGGAUAGCUGGAGCAAGUCGGAUGUGGUUGGCGGUUCAGUAGGUGCUGUGGUGGAUCAGUCUGCGGAUCUCACGGCCACGCCUUCCUUGGCCACCGAAGGCAGACUUAAGUAUUUGUCGGCCAUCAUUGAGACGGGCUUCUUCAGGUCGGUCUGCAUUUUCCGGACUCCCCACAACGCGGGAUUACGGGGAGAUGUGUUCCUGCAACCCUUCAGUCCUUUGGUGUGGUACCUUUUUGGCGGCGUGCUCUCCUUAAUCGGAAUCCUUCUUUGGAUCACCUUCUACAUGGAGUGCAAGCGAAUGCGAAAGCGGUGGAGGUUGGACUACCUACCGUCACUGCUCAGCACUUUUCUGAUCAGCUUCGGAGCAGCUUGCAUCCAGAGUUCCUCGUUGAUUCCGCGUUCCACUGGUGGCAGGCUUAUAUACUUUGCCCUCUUCCUGAUCAGCUUCAUCAUGUACAACUACUACACCUCGGUGGUGGUCUCCUCGCUGCUGAGUUCCCCUGUGAAGUCGAAGAUCAAGACGAUGCAGCAGCUGGCGGAGAGUCCCUUGACCGUGGGAUUGGAGCCACUGCCCUUCACCAAGAGCUAUCUGAAUUACUCAAGACUCCCCGAAAUCCACUUGUUCAUCAAACGAAAAAUCGAAACGCAGGCUAAGAAUCCGGAGCUGUGGUUGCCAGCUGAACAAGGUGUUCUGCGGGUGAGGGACAAUCCUGGAUACGUCUACGUAUUUGAGACCUCCUCAGGUUACGCCUACGUGGAGCGCUACUUCACCGCCCAACAGAUCUGCGACUUGAAUGAGGUUCUGUUUAGACCCGAGCAGCUGUUCUACACCCACUUGCAUCGAAACUCUACGUACAAGGAGCUAUUUCGGCUGAGACUCCUGAGAGUCCUGGAAACCGGAGUCUAUCGGAAGCAGCGCAGCUACUGGGUUCACAUGAAGCUCAAUUGCGUGUCCCAGAAUUUCGUGAUCACCGUGGGCAUGGAGUACGUGGCUCCCCUGCUCCUCAUGCUGGUCUGCGCAGACAUCCUGGUGGUGAUCAUCUUGCUAAUCGAGUUGGCCUGGAACCGCUUUCUCACACGCCCCACGAUUACCUUUCACUCGUAG